AUGGGGUUUGCUUUAUUUGGUUCCAUUUUCAUUUUCUCACUUUUCUUUAAGUCAAACCUUGGUCAACAACAAGAACAGUCAAUGGCCAAUACAGAUGAGUUCUUCAUCUCUCAGUUUUUUGAAAAAAUGGGGAUAAAUUCAUCUUCUUCUUCUCAUGUUUACAAUCUAUCUUCAUCUGUUUGUUCAUGGGAAAUUGUGUUCUGUGAUGCUAAACAAGAGAAUGUGAUUGGUCUUGUUGCUCCUGAUUUGGGACUCACUGGCUCCAUCCCUGAUAACACCAUUGGCAAACUCAGAAAGCUUCAAUAUCUUGAUUUAAGCAGUAAUGGAAUCACUGAUUUCCCAUCUGAUUUUUGGAGUUUGGUUUCCAUCAAAACCCUCAAUCUUUCAAACAACAAAUUCUCCAUAAAUCUCCCUACCAACAUUGGGAACUUUGGAUUGCUUGAAAGACUUGACCUUUCUUUCAACAAUUUCUCUGGAAGUCUUCCUGAUUCCUUGAGUUCUCUUACCAGUUUACAACUUCUCAAUCUCAAUCAAAACCAGUUUGAUUCCAUCAUUCCAUUGGGGUUCAUAAGCUGCCAUUCUUUGAUCUCCAUCGACCUUUCUUUCAACAGAUUCCAUGGAAGUCUUCCUGAUGGUUUUAACACAGCUUUUCCUAAGCUCAAAAGCUUGAAUCUUGCUGGAAAUGGGAUCACUGGAAGGGGGUCUGAUUUUUCCAAGAUGGUUUCAGUAACUUAUCUCAACAUUUCCAAGAAUCUUUUCAAGGGUUCUGUUGUUGAAAUCUUCCAGGGGCCAUUGGAGGUGGUUGAUUUAAGCAGUAACCAGUUUGAAGGUCAUAUUUCUAAGGUAAACUUCAGUUCAACCUUCGAUUGGUCCCAUUUGGUUCAUCUUGAUUUGUCUGAUAAUGAGAUUAGUGGACAGUUUUUCAGCAAUUUAAACCAAACCCAUAAUCUCAAACACCUUAAUCUCGCCAACAACAGGUUUUCCAAACAAACUUUCAUCCACAUUGAUGAACUCCAUAGUUUAGAGUACCUCAACUUAUCGAAAACCAACUUAAUCGGUCGAAUUGCGGAUGGAAUCACGAUGUUAACUCAUCUGAAAACACUCGAUCUUUCGAAUAAUCAUCUUGCUGGUAAACCCCCACUUCUGAGCUUCAAAACCCUGCAAAAUCUUGAUCUUUCCAACAAUAACUUAACUGGAGACAUACCCAUGUCUCUCUUGCAGAAACUUCCAUGGAUGGAAAGAUUCAACUUUUCUUACAACAAUUUAACUCUUUGUGAUUAUGAGUUUUCCCUCGAAACCCUUCAAUCAGCGUUCAUUGGUUGUUCGAAUAGUUGCCCCAUUGCUGCAAACCCGACCCUUUUCAAGAGAAAACCCCAUAGACAUCGAGGACUCGAGCUCGCUUUGGCUCUAGCCGUCACUUUAGUCUGCUUGCUUGUGGCUUUGCUACUCUGUGCAUUCGGUUGUCGAAGAAAAACCCGGAUGUGGGAUGUUAAACAAGAAUCUUGCAACGAAGAACAUGCCAUAUCUGGUCCGUUUUCUUUCAAAACGGAUUCAACCACUUGGGUUGCAGAUGUAAAGAUUGCAUCUUUAGUGCCUGUAGUGAUCUUUGAGAAGCCAUUGCUGGAUUUCACCUUCUCUGAUCUUCUUUCAGCCACUUCAAAUUUUGAUAGAGGAACCCUUUUGGCAGAAGGGCGAUUCGGGCCGGUUUACAGAGGCUUCUUGCCAGGUGGAAUCCACGUGGCUGUUAAGGUUUUGGUCCAUGGUUCCACCAUGACUGACCACGAAGCAGCGAGAGAGCUUGAGUAUCUUGGAAGGAUAAAACACCCGAAUCUUGUUCCUUUAACUGGAUAUUGCUUGGCUGGUGAACAAAGAAUCGCGAUUUAUGAUUACAUGGAGAAUGGAAAUCUCCAUAAUUUGCUUCAUGAUCUCCCUCUUGGAGUUCAAACCACAGAAGAUUGGAGUUCUGAUACAUGGGAAGCCGAUGAAAGCAACAGUAACGGAAUUCAAAACGUGGGGUCCGAAGGUCUGUUGACCACGUGGCAAUUUCGGCAUAAGGUUGCGCUUGGCACAGCUCGUGCAUUGGCGUUUCUCCACCACGGAUGCUCGCCGCCGAUCAUCCAUAGAGACGUCAAGGCGAGCAGUGUUUAUCUUGAUUACAAUCUCGAACCAAGAUUAUCCGAUUUCGGGCUUGCGAAAAUCUUUGGAAACAGUGUCGAUGACGAAACCGCUCAUGGGUCCCCUAGAUACACGCCACCAGACGACACGAUCACCCCAAAAUCCGAUGUCUACGGAUUCGGGGUGAUUCUUCUCGAGCUGAUCACAGGGAAAAAGCCUGUUGGCGAUGAGUAUCUGGAUGAUGAUAACUCGAAAGCUCCAAAUUUGGUUAGUUGGGUUCGAGGGCUUGUGAGGAUGAACCGUGGUUCACGAGCCAUAGAUCCAAAGAUUCGAACCACAGGCGAUGAAUGUCAAAUGGUGGAGGGAUUGAAAAUCGGGUAUCUAUGCACAGCCGAUCUUCCGGCAAAGCGGCCGAGCAUGCAACAAGUGGUCGGACUUCUAAAAGAUAUCGAACCGCUACGAGCUAGUGAAGAAAUAUAAAAAAUUCGGGUUUUUUUCAUGCAGUUUCUUUUCAUUACUCGUUUUGUCGUUGGAGGGAGUUUGUUUGUCGGUUUUUACAAGCCGUAAAUGUUUCAUAUCGUUAUGAAAGAAAUCAACAAACCCAAAAAGAAAAUCAUCGUAUUGUAUUAACUUGUAUCUUACACGGUAAAUUUUGUAUAUCGU